AUGGUGAUCUCGGUGAUCACUACUGCGGAGGUUGAGAGCCCAAGGCUCAUCCCCGGGAAACCUCAGAUUACGCUUCCGCACGCCGACACCUCAAACGGAAAAGCGGUGCCUAUCGAACACAGAUCAGACAGCAAUGUUGACUUUGGAGCUGAGGUUCACGGGAUUGACUUGAACAAUUUCACUGACGCAGACUUCAACUUCAUUCAUGAUGCUCUUCACCGACACAAACUUCUCGUCUUCAAGGAACAGCCACAGAUGUUGAAACCUCAACAACAAUAUCGUCUCACCGCAAGUUUUGAUCCCGAUGAAAAAACAGGAGGGUUUGCCCACGGCAAAGAUCCUUGGCUGACGUCCCACAAUGGAGUUGAUAUUUACGGCAUUCCUAAAAGACCAGCGAUACCUGUCCAGCCGCAGGUACAUAUCCUCGGGCGCGGCCAUCUGCCCGAAGGCCACUACGGUUUUCCACCUGGCUUCCAGGUCCAGGGAAUCAAUCAUGAGGAGUUCCACCUCCCACCCCACAUUCAUGUAGACGAACGAGAAAGGGGCGCUAGUCGCUUCUAUCAGUGGCACUUCGACGGAUCCCUUUACAACAUUCCCCCUCCCCGGGUUGGUUGCCUCCUGGCUGUGCGGACCCCCAAGGGCCCAGAUGUGACCGUUCGUUGGGAUGAUGGCACGGGCACGGAGAUGACCAUGGCUCCAGGAGCAACAGCGAUGGUGGCUGGCUCUCGUGCCCUAGCUCUGCUUGAUAACGACACUCGAAACUUGGUCAUGAAUAGCCGUAUAGAGUACGCACCCCAUGCAUUCGUGUGGAUGUCUACUGCACACAGUACUCGUCUCGGUCAUCUUCUCGAAACAGAAGGCCUUGAAAAGUCCCUGGACCAAUUGCCCGCAUGGGAACAAUCUAAGAUAUGCAUUUACCCGAUGGUUUGGACCAACCCUGUGACGGGCGAAAAAUCACUACAGGUGCAUGGACAAGGUGCGUUCAAGCUGUAUCUCAAGGAUGCGCCAAAUGGCGAAGAGAGAAUCGUAGAUGACUUGAAAGAGGUUCGGGCCUUCAUGCACAAGCUGAUGCGACCGGCAUUGAGUCCCGAGAACAUAUACGCACACCCCCAUGAGGAGCAGGAUGUAAUUUUGUGGUAUAAUCGAGCCCUGUGGCAUAGUAUCACCGAGUUCCCAAAAUCAUACGGAGAAAGAAUAAUGCACCAGUGCAACGUAGCAGCCAGCGACCAUCCUGUGCGUUAG